CAUCUUGGUCACAUGACUGAGGCGCCAUACGUCACGGCGUAAGUGUGAGAGCAACUUCCGGGUCAGCGGUUCCUUGAUUGUAAAACAGUAGUUGAAGGUAUCGUUGUUGCUAAACUUGUUGGAUCCGCACGGCAUUUGUGCCCCUUGGGGCUCCCUGUAUCCGUGCCGGACAUGGGGUCUGAGUGCGAGGUGAGCGAGUUCCUGGGCCAGAACCCUGAGACUGCCGCCUGGCUGGAGCGUGUUCGCGGGGAGUGCGAGUCGGACAAGUGGUGGCAACACCGCAGGGAAUUCAUUCUCCGGAACCUGCGCGAUGUGUGCGGGGAAGGAGAGAUCCCGCCACUGCCUGAGACCAACCACAAGGAGUUGGACCGGCUUCUUGCCUACUCCAUGGCGUGGGCCAAUCAUGUCUUCACGGGCUGCAGGUACCCCCUUCCAGUUAUGGAAAAAGUGCUUAAAAUGGCAGAAAAUAUUAAGGUGACUGAUGCACCAACCCAUACAACACGUGAUGAACUGGUUGCCAAGGUGAAGAAAAGAGGGAUUUCAAGUAGCAAUGAAGGGGUAGAAGAGGAGCCAUGCAAGAAGCAAAAAUCCACUGAAGAUCAUGGGGCAAGAAAAACCUCGAAUGUUAAUGACAGAGUAGAAAACAGGAACCAGCCAAGUGACACAAUGGAGAGCUCAUCAGGGAAAAUCUGUGAUGGUAACAUUCCAUCUACUAGUCUAAAUAAGAGAGAGGUACACUCAAAUGCAGCGCAAAGGACAGAUACAAACACAGAAUUUUAUGAAAAGUCAGGUAAUCGCCGGCCUCUUCCUGUGACCAAAGCUAAAUCUAGCUUAAAUCUUCCAAAAGAAGCAGGAUAUAAACACGAUGCUGCUCAGGAGAGAAAAAGCCAUUCUGUUAAAGGUCCAUCACAGUCUAGCGAUAAUGCUUUCAAACCUACUCGCCGUUUCACUUCAGAAGAUACCAAAGAAAGGCAGCCUUUCUUUAACAGAUUAUACAAGACAGUAGCUUGGAAACUUGUAUCUGCUGGCGGGUUUAAUGCCAACCUUAACCAUGAAGAACUGCUUAACUCCUGCAUUGAAUCUUUAAAGGCCACACUAGACAUUGCUUUUGUUCCACUGAAGGACCUGGCAGAUUUACCACAAAAUAAAACAUCUCAGGAGAAUAUAGUUUGUGAAUUAAGGUGCAAAUCUGUGUAUUUAGGAAUGGGCUGCGGGAAGACAAAGGAGACCGCCAAAGCUGUGGCUUCCAGGGAAGCUGUAAAACUGUUUCUGAAAAAGAAAGUUGUAGUUAGAAUAUGCAGAAGAAAAUACAAUGGUCGUGAUGUGGAGGAUUUGGUUCUUUAUGAUGAGGAAUCUCGACCUGUAAAUUUACCUCCAGCAAUAAGAAACCCUCAGGAACUUGUGUAACAGAGGUUUAUUUGUUGGGCAGAAAGAACAACAUUAAAGAGAACUUAGUGCUUUAUACUUAUUAAAACAUCAGGUUUAUUUUAUUUGAAAUAUUUGUACUUUUCAGUUUUACCAGGGACAUACCACAUACUAAUUUACCAACAUUUUGCUUCAAAGCAUAAGAGCUGUUACUGGAUUGCCUUAAAUUGCUUUAUGUGGUUUUAUGGAAAAAACAUUGGUAUGAUUUUAGUAUAAUUUUUAAUUGAAACAAUCUUUAACCUUGUAAAUGAUUGCAAUCCAUAAGUGUAUUGCAUACAUUUUGUUACUUAUGCUUAGGUUUCUGCAAAAAAAUGUUGAAUUUAAUAUCAUAAUAAAAAGCUAAUAAUUGAUCUCUUUAACAUUGUAACCAAACAGUGGUUUAAUUUUCAUGCUGCAAUGCAGGUUGGCCAUGGAAAAAGAAAAUGUUGUUUUUGUUUUAUAUACAUAAGGUUUUAGGUGCAUUGCAUUUGCAAUUUUGGACACCGGUAAUUGGAUUAUUUCCAUGCCAACACUUCCUCGAAAUGUCAAACAUUACAUAAUUAAAGGUUUUUACAUUUUGCUUA